ACUUUCUUCAAAACUAUAUAUAUAUAACCUUCAUUAUUCCCUACUUCUUCAACUCUGUGAUAUUUUUAUUAGUUUAACAAAAAAAAAAUCUAAUCUUAUUUUUUAGCCAAUAAAAAAAGAGUUCUUUUUUGUUAUAGAAAAAUGAGUUAUGAUCAUGACUCGGAAGAUAGCAGUACUACGAGUCCCAACUCGGUUCCAAAGUACAAGGGUAUACGAAGAAGAAAGUGGGGUAAAUGGGUAUCGGAAAUCAGAGUUCCGGGGACCCAAAGUCGACUCUGGUUAGGUUCUUACGCCACCGCCGAAGCAGCCGCAGUGGCUCACGAUGUUGCAUUUUACUGUCUUCGAAGACCCUUAACCUCAUCGAACGGUCUAAACUUUCCAAUGAUGUUGCCGGCGGCUGGUCUUCCGGACAACAUGUCGCCGAGGUCAGUGCAGAAGGCAGCUUCCGAUGCCGGAAUGGCGAUCGAUGCACAGGUUCAGUUGCCGGCGGCGCGGAAUAAUAAUAAUAAUAAUUCGCCGGCGGCGGGAACAGAACAGAAUGUGAUGAUGACGUGUACUAGUGGAGUUCAAAACGGUGCGUUUUGUUAUAGUUCGGAUAAUUAUGAGACUCUGUUUUGGGGGAGCGACGUGGGAGCAAGUUCUGGAACGUGGGAAGGUUGUGAGGUGGCAGUGGGACCCACCUAUGAAGAGUCCUUGAGCAUUUCUAUUGACGAUUAUCUCUAUAAUUAAUAAUUAAUUAAUACUUAUUAUUAUUAAUUUUGGGUUUCAUUUAGUUGGAGUAUAGGACCCUUGUUGAUCUUAGAGUGAUAUACUAGUUCAAUAAUUAAUAGUUUUCUUAAUUAAUAAUAAUAUAAAGAUGUCAUUGUAAUUAAUUAGUAUGAAUUCUACACUAUAUAUAUAAAGAAAAUUAUUGAAUUUUAUAUAUUUUAA